UAAACGUGCAGCCCUGUGGUCAAACCUGCUGCUGUUACAUGAGAGAUGUUCUGACCCACACGCAGCUUUACACUCAUCCACGAAGUCAACAGAGAACUCUCUCCUGCGACUGAAGGUACUUUGAAAGAGUUUGGACAAAGAGGAGUACUAACGCAGAGGAAAGUUGAACUGGUCUUUAAAUGGUGAAGGGGUCCUGGCUUCAUGGAUUUUACUGAAGUCUCCCCCACGCCGUCGUUUAACCGUGGACCCUGAGGACUCACUUUGGAUUCUCCUCUUUUCCUCCGCUCACGGACGGAGCACGAAGAUGUGACCAACCUGCUCCUCACGCAGAACCGCCUCCUCUCCUCACAUUGAGUUAAAAAGUCGUCUGCUUUGAUCGAACUACAUGUGUUCUGCAGCACCGAUGGAUUGAGAGGUUGCACUUUCAGCUGCGAGUGAAAAGUGCCUCAAGUAAGGUUUGGAGAUGUGUGAAGAAGUGUGACGGACGGCCAUGGGACUGGAGAGACGGUGGCUUGUCACCACUGCAGUAGCCAUCUGUCUGCUAAGUGUGUCUCAAGGUGUGUCAUCGUUGGUUCGUGCCAGAGUGGGGGGGUCUGCAGAGCUGGCCUGCAAUCUCACUCCAACAUCCAAAGAAGACACCAGCCCAAACCUCUUCCCUCUACAUGUGGUGGAGUGGGUGCGUCUUGGUUACAGCGUUCCCGUCCUCAUCAAAUUUGGAGUGUAUGCGCCUCGUGUUCAUCCUAACUAUAAGGGUCGCGUCUCUCUGACCCGGGGUGCCUCUCUGCUGGUGGAACGGCUGACCCUUGAGGACGAGGGCUGGUUCGAAUGCCGCAUCCUACUCCUGGACAGCAAGACAGACGACUUUCGAAAUGGCACAUGGACCUUCCUCUCCAUCACAGCUCCACCUGUGUUUAUCAAGAAACCGCCAACUUUUGUUGAGGUUCUGCUCGGAGAUUCACUGACUCUCAGCUGUGGAGCCCAUGGCAACCCUCGGCCAACUGUUGUCUGGCACAAAGACGAGAGCCCAAUUGAGAAACAUGAAAAAAUAAAAGUUCUCAAUGGUACCUUGUCUUUGGCCUCCGUCACAAGAAAUAUCUCAGGAGUUUACAAAUGUCACGUGUCCAACUCAGAGGGGAACCUGACCCACUCUUUGCAGCUGCAGGUCAAAGGUCCACCAAUCAUCAUCAUCUCCCCAGAGGACACCACUCUCAACAUGUCCCAGGAUGGAGUUCUGCAGUGCCAGGCUGAUGCUUACCCUUCCAAUCUCACCUAUGAGUGGUUGAAACACGGACAGAAUGUUUACCAUAUUGAGUCCCUUAAAUCCAGAGUGAAGAUUUUGGUGGAUGGAACUCUUCUCAUCCCUAAUCUCAUCCCAGAAGAUGCUGGCAACUACACCUGUACCCCAACUAAUGGGAUACUGACCCCACCCUCUGCUUCUGCACAUCUGAAAGUGAAACACCCUGCACGUGUUGGCCGAAUGUCCCGGGAAACAUACUUGCCUGCGGGCAUGGAGGGGCUCAUUGUCUGUCCUGUCCAGGCUGAUCCACCUGUGCUGUAUGUCAACUGGACCAAAGAUGGAAACUAUUUAAAUCUUGACAACUUCCCAGGUUGGAUGGUAAACUCGGAGGGCUCCGUUUUCAUAGCAACAGCCAAUGAUAAUGCUGUUGGCAUGUAUGCCUGCACUGCAUAUAACAGUUAUGGCACCAUGGGCCAGUCUGAACCCACACGAGUCAUUCUAAAGGACCCCCCAUCGCUUCGAGUGCCUCCUCAAGCUGAGUAUGUCCAGGAGGUGGGCAGAGAGCUGAUCAUCCCUUGUGACGCCAAUGGAGACCCCACUCCAAACAUAACUUGGAGCAAGAUUGGAGCAACCCCUCGAUCUCCAUUCAGUGUGUUGGCCAAUGGCUCCCUCCUGCUGCAGCCCCUCAGUAAAGAUCACCAGGGGGGCUGGGAGUGCCUGGCCACUAACCGCGUAGCGACUGUCAGUGCAGGCACUGUGGUCAUGGUGCUGGGCACCAGUCCUCAUCUUGUGUACUCUGUAUCUGUAACCACGGAGAUGAACCAGGCCAACGUAUCCUGGGUGCCUGGCUUUGAUGGAGGAUACACCCAAAAGUUCACAGUGUGGGUGAAGCAGGCAUCCAGGGGGAAACACGAAUGGGCUUCUUUGCCCGUUCCCACGUCCAAGAAUUACCUUCUGGUAACCGGAUUACUUGCUGGCACCAGCUAUCAGUUCAGUGUUCUACCUCAGAAUAAACUUGGCUCUGGACCUUUUAGCGAAAUUGUUUCUGUGCGAACACAAGCUGUGCCCACAGAACCUCCUAUGACUGUCAGCAUAAUCCUGGAUCCUCCCACGUUCCUGUCAGCCAACUGCACUGAACGAGGCGUCCUCCUCCAGUGGUCGCCUCCAGAGGCUCCAUCCUCAGCACUGACAGGCUAUGUGCUGCAGGUCCGUAGGGAUCAGGGCCGCUGGGUCAUCCUCAGCAACGACAUCAGUGCCAAUCAGAGCAAACUACUUGUACAAGGACUGAUACGGGACUCUAGUUAUGAUUUGAGGCUGAUGUCUUGCAGCAACAAAUUACUCAGUGAACCCAGUGAGGCUGUCAAUGUAUCCACCUUAGGGAUGGAGAUUUACCCUCUGCGCCCCAGUUUCUUGGAGAUCAUCCCUGAGCCCCUGUUGGCCGGUGUGUUAGCAGGAGUGUGCUUCCUGUUUGUGGCCAUCAUCCUCUCCUUGGUGACAGCGUGCUUUAUGAGUCAGAGAAGACGACAGCGUCACAGGAAGAGAAGAAAAGAUCUGCCAUCUUCCUUCCGGAAGAACACAUCUCUAGAAGCUCGCUCGCCUCCUCGCAGCCCAGACAGUGUCCUGAAGCUGAAGCUGUGCCCGGCACUUCCCUUCUUUCCUACCUCGUCUUCACAGUCUGACCGCUCCUCUUUCGAUAAAGGCAGCCGUGGGGAAUAUCAUGACCAGCGGAAACAACUCCUCGCCAACUCGUCUCCACCACCUCAUUACACGCUUUUUGAGAGUCACAUGGGGUCUCAGGCUCCCUCGCCAACUGCUCUGGAGUCUAUUUCCAGGGGGCCGGACGGACGCUUCAUUAUCCAUCCACUGCUAGAGGGUUCCAGUCAUUUAAAUAAUAAAAACUUGAAGAAGGAUGUCCUUCGUAUGAAUGGUGGGGCAAGUGGCUCAGGGAGCAACCGGACGUCACUCAGGGACUCACCAAAGUCAAGCAUACUGAGCUCAGAGAAGGAGGAGAGGAAGGAUUCUCCUUUCACUGUGGACGUCCAAGAGCUCAACAGACCUCCUUCUUCCCCUGGCAGGGUAAUGGCUAUGGCCAGAAACUUCUCCCGUCAGGGCUGCUUUUAUUCGGACGAUGAACAAGGCUCAGAGGCUCUACUUGAAAGAGCCAGCUUCUAUUCAGACAGCAGUGAGAAAAAACCCAGCGAUUCUCUCAGGAGACAUCACAUGCCUGGCCACAGCGAAGAUCUGAGAACAAUGCUCCUGGAUCGAGAUCAAGAUAGACCUCACCAUUCAGGCUACCAGCCAAUGGAAAGUCAGCUGACUGAUAACAGCACCCUGGUCUCACAGCUAGACAGUGGGCUGGAGAGGGACAACAUUAACAAGUGUUUGCAACUGGCAAAGGAGAGAGAGAAAAUGGAGAGGGAGCUAGAGAGCUAUACAGCCGAUCAGAGAAGCAGUAGCCGAGGAAGAGAUGAGCGACAGACAGGAGACAGGGAUGCAGAGGAAGAGCCAGUAUGGAAGCCACAAGACGUUACUAUCAGACAGAAACACAGGCCCUCGGGCCAGACAAGUCGGGUGUCUGACUAUCGGAGGGCGUGUUACUUCGGGAAGAGCAGCAGUCCCAUGGACCGGCUCCCUACAUCUCGCAUACAGUGGGACAUCAGUCCUGUAACCGCUGUUACCAACCUCGUUCCUGCACAGAGCCCCCGAGAGACCACGUCACAGCAUCCUCGCACAUGUAGGGAAAUCUCUGAGGACUCUAUGGCAGUUGAUUCCUCAUGCUCUCCGGGCACCCAGAACACCUCCCUCCCCAUGCUCUCUCCUGAUGUUGCCUCAAAAAGCUCGCCCGUUCUGUGUUUAGAAACACCAACCAGAGCCCGGUCACUGAGUCCUCGGAGAGAGCUGGAUAUAUGCAGAAAGUCCAUGACUGAGCAGGGCUUACAAGAAAGGAUGCAGGCGGGGGGGUUCUCCACAGGGUUCAGGCAUUCAUAUGCUUAUGCAGGCAAUCGGCCCUGGGAUUCUGCUGCCAGAGGUCCUAUAGGCGACGGUGAGAGGCCGCAGAGUUUAGCUUCACCUCAAUAUCAUCAGCCCGACAGAACUAGAGACUACACCGCCAAUAGGGAUUCCAGUCCCUCAAAUUAUUCUACAUUACCCUAUGAACACCAGGACGAAGGGGCAAAGGCCAAAGACAGAGAGACUCGUGGCCGGUUGAGCUCUGGGUUUUAUUCAGACUUAGAAAGAGAGGGUGUCCGAACACGCUCCAGGAGGAGUGACAAAUGUCUUUUCUCUGAUAGUCCCAGCCCUCUUUCCACACUAACCCUCGUAGAAGAGGUAGAGAGCGAUCAGUCCCAAAUUUCUGUGCCUAGAAUGUCAGAGUCCUUCAGUGUCAAACCUGCUGCCCCGUCGCCCAAAGCGCCCCCACUGCAGACAAGUGCAAUUCUCGAGUACCUGAGCCUUCCAGGUUUCAUCGAAAUGAGCGUGGAUGAGCCUGUUGAAGAAGCGGAAGUGACGGGAACUGCCGGACAAAGCUCGGUACUAAAGGCAGAAACAUCCCUGGUGACAAAGCCUGACGUGGUUCCUAAAAACUGGGAGGUUCAUGCUAAAGAAAUCCAAGGGGGUGGGGGUGGGGGUGCAGAGCCCGGCAUUGAUGCUUGUAGAAAACACGGCUAUAAACGCUCGCUCCAUGUUGAAACUCGAGAUUCUUCACACAGAGUAAGAUUUCCUGACGAGAUGAGACCCUCAUCACAUGGUCCAGAGAAAACAAGCAAACAGCUCUAUGAUGAGAAAACACAAAUUCGGGCUGCGAAUAAAAGCACAGACAGACCUGAAUCCAGACCUGGAUCCAGGUCGGCUCACACCUUGCUCAGUGCGGCAAAAGGCAUGGCAGAUUUAGUGUCAAAACACUCCUGGAGUUCUGUCGACAGUAGUGAGUCUUUACCAGAGCAAUCCCAAAGACAUGCUCCUCAGGGCAGCAGGACUAAUAACAUUGCGUCCCGGAUAAAUCAAGUCCCUGUGCCAUUUCUUAGGAAAUCUUUAAGUGUUGGCCCGUGUAGGACGCUCUCAGGCAUGGGACCGCCUCGUCCUUUCAUAAAGAAAUCCAUCAGUUUAGGAUCACAGAAUUGGGAGCAUUUUGAGAGCCCAAGGCCAUAUAUUUCCGAGAGGAGUUACUGGGACGAGUUCCCAAACCCAGAUGUCAGGGUGAAGUCCCACAGUUUGGGCCGCAGUCCAUCUUUCCUCCCCAGGCCUGGCCCGUCAUGGAGGGAGUAUGUCCCUUUCAGACGGCCGAGCAUCGGGAGCUUAGAGAGGCCUCAUCACACACAAAGACCAUUAGCUAGUCCCUGCUACCUCACUCCUGCUAUGUACCCACCUAGAAACACCUCAAUCUCCCCAAUGCUGGAACCCUCCGAUCCAAGACGGCAAGCAGCUGUUUUUCUCGAGUCCUCCAGGUGGUCUCCUUCUUACCAAGAGACUCCGAGGUCUUCCCAGCAUAAAUAUGUCCCCAUGCCGUCCUGCAUUCCUGUGCCCCAGUACCAACACUGGCCAGGCUCCAGAGGGGAAAGCAUGAGACCUAUGGACCCUAGGAGGGGCCCUCCAAGGUCCUACCUGCCCAGAGGCAUCAGCUGGCCCUCCCCUUAUUACGCCCCCUUCCCGCCCAGGGAGGGAGAGAGUUACAGACAGCCAGACAGGGUGAUGGCUAGGGGAGGGGAGGCUGAGAUCAGGGAGGGCGGGAGGGCCAGUUAUGCCAGUCAGAGCAGUGGUAGAGGCAGCGCUGGUUUCUUCCAACAUUCCCUGUCCAUCACUCCCACACUGCUCAGCUCCCCCGAGACGACGGAGGAGGCUGAGCGGCACAGAGCUGAGACGGAUCGGCCAGAGAGGAGAGCGAAAAGAAGGAACACAUCAGUAGAUGAAAGUUAUGAAUGGGACUCUGCUGAUGCCUGCGUGGACCUGGAGGUCCUGGACGCCAUGAGGUUUGAUCAGUCACAAAUGAGCUCCCGGAGAGGAAGGGGCGAGCUCAGAUAUGAUCAAGCAGGUGGCGUCCAGGACCAGCAACAGAAAGGCCCACCUCUCCCACUCAGCCCGCCAGUUUCCAACCCACCUCGCUGCCGGCUCAGCCGCUCCCUAAGCGAGGCGCGCUUCAACGCUCUCCGCCAGGAGUACCAAGAGUACAGGCGGGCUCAGGAAUCCGUCUGUUCCCGUGAGCCCUGUCUCAGCCCUGGCUACGAUUCAGACUCUGACGCCAACUCCGCACUGCUUUAGCAGUUUGACCCGAUACAUGUGACUCAGAUCGUCAAUAGCAGUUUAAUGAACAGACGACAGCACUGAGGCCCUGGAUAUUCACACCUCGCUGGAGCUUUCUCAUGUGAAAGAACAUUCGUUGUCUAUAGUUCUUGUUCAAUGUUAUGUCAGACAUUAUGUAUUCUGUAUUGCAUCAAAUGUGAUGGACUGAAGCUCCUCAGUUUAUAUCCAAUGACAUGUUUGUUCCACAAAAUGAAGUCACGAAGGGAUUAUUUAUUAUUCUGAGAAGCAUGUUUGUUUUGGGGGAGAUGCUUUUAUACCAUGACAAUCAGGCACACAGCGCCCCCCUGAGGAAUGAAAUGUUCACACUUUACAUAGACAGUUUUCCUGGUGAGAGUUGAGGAAGCCCUGCUUUAUAAAAGCAGCAGCGUGCUUCAUAGUGAGGGCUGAAUUUCAUCUUAAUGUCAGUCGCAUCAAAGACCUUCCUUUAAUAAUAAAAUGACGCUAAUGACAAUUAUGUAGGUUCGGGUUGAUGAUCUGUUUGAGGUAGAAAAUGUUGCCUGUGCUCAAAAAAUGUUCACCACCAUCCUCCUCUGUGUAUGACAAGUACUUAACUAAUAGUACUUAAAGAUCACAUUAUUAGGUCACUGAUAAUUGUACAACAAAUGCUUUUAUCACCCAACUUUAAUACGCCCAAACAUUUAUUGUUUAUAUUUAAAAGAAGAAGUUUAUUUAACAUUACCUGUUGGUUCCCUGAAAUCGUACCUGACUUACUGGAGUCAUCUUCAAAUGUCAAGACUUAAUUUACCAAAUCACCUAACAUAGCCCAUAUUUGUUAAUAAUGUAAAAAUGUUUAUAUGUACCUUAAUGUGAAUGAGCCCUGCUGUUCCUCUUCUUCCAUCAGAUGAAAACAUGUAACUUUACUCAGCCUGAUUCUGUCAAACUUUUCCCCAGCGGUCAAAUAGGAAAAAACACAGGGGAAAAGGAUUUUUGCCUUAUUUGUAUUAAUGUCGUACGUACACUGGAUGAUUGACCCUGAAAGGGUUGAGCUGACGAGCUUGUCAGACAAAACUGAUUAGACGAUUUAAAAUGUUUGGAAUGAAUUUUUGCUCACGUGAUAAGUAUUUCUGUAUAUUUACUGAGGUGAGUUACGAUAUGCAAAAAUGUUUACAAUUCACAUCAGUGAUGUGACGGCAGCACUGUGAAUAUUUUGACUUCUAAUUCCGUGUUUCAAUUACAAGUCUGUUAUAAAAGUUGUGCCCAUUCACCAUUUGUUUUUCUACUGCAAAAAGACAAAAGCUGUUUUUAUAUGUCGCCUGACGCACAGAGGUGUAAAGAAUAUCUCUGUUGCUGUAUUUGGGAAAGAUUCAACGUUUGUUUCAGCUUAAUUUAUAACCCAGAUGAGAAUAUUCAUGUGGAGUGAGUAUGCAUUUCUGAUGACGUUUUAUACAAACUGCAAAUUUUUAUAUCUUGCCACCUGGAUGUUGUCAUUUUGAUAAGUUUGUAAUAAAUAAAUUGCUUUAUUCUUAAUGUAACAUACAGAAAUUGUGUUUAUUUUUCGCAACAUGUGACAAUGAACAUGAAAAAGUCCACUAAUUUGAAUGUCAUUCCAAACAUAUGAUCAUGUGACCCCUGUUCAGUCCCAUAUGUAAGUACAACAGUGGAUGUGGGUUAAAGUGCCAUAACAGGCGGGUUUAUUUCAAUCACAGUCAUUUCACAUUGGAUCAAUAAAAGAAAUGAAAAGUUGAUAUGUGAAAGCUAACUGGGGGCCUUUUCCUAAGAUGGCGCUGUUGAGCCAUUCUGCCACACCCAUUUCAAAUUACUGAGGUGGAGCUGAUGAAAACCUGUGUUUACUGUAUUACUAUUAUUAAUAU